AUGUCCGGUACACAUGCUGCUCCUGCAAUUGGGAUUUUGGAACUGACCCGCCAUAGUUGCGAUUUUGUGGAUAGUGCAACCCCUGAGGAGUCGUCCCCGCCGCCGCGAGGUCCUAAUCUACUCUCGAGUGCAGCCAUAGAACGCGAAUUGGAGACCUGGCGAACUACCGGUGUCUUCCCCUUUCCUGAAAUGCAUUUGCAAUUUCCCCACCAGUUCCAAAAUCUCUCCAGAGUGGAAUUGCGGCUGAUCCACCAUCUUUGUACGAUCUACCGCGAAAUGAGGCUCGCCGAUUUUGUAGGCUGUACUUUGUGGGUUCAGGAUAUCCCAAGUUUUCUGGACGCUGCGUGUGGCUAUAGCUUUGCGACGCACUCUAUCUUAGCAUUCUCUGCUACGCACAUGGCUUGGAUCACUAGAUCGCCCGAGACGAACAAUCUUGCUUACCAUCAUCGAGGUAUUGCGCUAAAAGGCCUGCAAGAAGCCAUUGGAAACUUCUCCGAGGACAAUUCGGACGCUGCCCUUGCAGCUUCGAUCUUGCUCUCGUGGCAAGCCUCUGAUUGGUUCGUGGUUCUUGGGUCUAUGAAUAAUUGGAAGGAGCUCUCCAGAUUUUCGUCCUUUAUCGAGGACCGCCCGUCGUUCUUUUUUGCCGGCGCUACCUCAAUCACUUAUGAUAACGAGUCGGUCUUUCUCGCGACAAAUGCGCUGCAAGAAUUAUCUGCACGUCUGCAAAAUGUUCAUCCCGUUGCACAUCACGUCCAAAACAUUUUGGACUUUGCCUUUGACUUCCGGUCUUGGAGCUCCUCUAUGCAGAUUGAACAGCUGUUUGAAAAAUUACGUCCGCUUCGCAGCUGGCUUUUCUGGUUGCCUGUCACUCUUGUAAAGAAUAACGAUAUAAGUAGCCCGGCCAUGGUCUUGCUUGCUCAGCUGCAUACUUUGGCGAUGGCAAUUGAUGCCGCACUUCCGGAACUUAGCGGUGCUGCCUUAGGAAGUUUGACUGGCCAGGCCACUGGACAAAUCGAUGUGAAACUUCGCUCAAAAGUGGCCGUCGUCACGCCUGGCGAAAUGAACCCAUCGGAGAUCGACAACCUGAUGAAUUUUGCGCGACUCAUGUCCGCCAGGAACCAUCUACAAGACGCUGUUAGCCAAGAUCCAUCUCAUCAAGGAGGCCAGCGUCAACAAAGUCCCUACAGCUUUCAUCGCCUAAGUAUUGGCUCUCAGCCCGGCACUCCAAGCUAUCCACCACCGAUCAGCCCAGCAUUAUCUACCACAGUACCAGUUUUGAUGAACCCAAGUUUCGAAGACCUCAGUUGGCCUCCGUCCCCGUUCCUCCACUAUUCAAACAUGGGAUCUCCGCGGAAUUCGCAGCUGCUCGAAGGCUCGCCCGCGCCAAGCGAUCACUCAUUCGACAACAGAUCACUUUCCGGUUUCAGUCAUCAAGGAGACUCUCCAGCAUACAGUCCUGCCGCUUAUUCACCAGUCUUCUUACCGAACAAUAUGCCGGAUGACGAUGCAUGGUCAUUCGGAGACUCGCCAGGACUUACGGGAGGGUUUGUCUCAUCCCUUGCGCAUGACCCAGAGAAAUUCUAA